AUGGCCGCCUUUGGCUUGAAUCCAGCUUCGGCAGUGAAGUUGCUCCUGCUGGCGCUGCUGAUACCACCAGUCUCACGCUACCUCGCGGGCAGGUACUAUGCCCUGUCGCGCAUCUACGCCAACAGGCCGCACAAGCUACCACCUGUGAAUGCAUCCUUUGUAGCGGCCACGAGGGCGGGCGGCGGCAGUCACGCAGUCUUGUUCGCCGACCGGAUCCGGAACUGUGAGGACGGGAUCGUGGUGCCCGAGCUCGGCGUCGCCUUCCUGAGCUGCGAUCCCGGUCGCGACGGCUGGAAUACCGUCAUGGGCGCGUUCGCCGAGGAUCAGGACGCCAAUCCCGGCGGGGAGAUCUGGCUGUACAGGUAUUCAAAGGACGUGGUCGCUGCAGACGGUGAUGCAACGAUGAGGCUGCAUAGGCUUGGCCUCUCCGGCUUCCCGCAGCCUAAGUUGUUUCACCCCAUCGGUAUCGCUUUCGACCAUCCGACCAAGACCCUCUUUGUGCUGAACAACGACGUGCGGGGCCCGCGGUUAGAAGUGUUUCGUUACAAGCAGUCGAUAAUAUCGCCUUCGCUCAACCACCUGGGGACCAUAGAGGAUCCGCUGAUAUACUCGCCCAACUCGGUCGAGGUGGUCAGCAGCACCGAGCUCUACAUCACCAACGACCAUCAUUUCCCGGCGCGCUAUCAUCCGACCCUGUCCACCCUGGAGAAUUAUUUGCUCUUGGCAAAGGGUACGGUGGUGCGGGUGAAGUUGUCGUCAAAAGAGCCGUCGACCGUAGAGUCCAUACGCACCGUCGCGUCGCUCCCGUUUCCCAACGGCAUCGCGCAACUCAAUGAGUCCACAAUGGUUGUUGCUUCGACCAGCACGGCCAGCAUUCACUUUUACAGCUUGGGUGAGAAUAAAAAGGAAGGCAAGGAAGAGCAUCUGCCGCUCACUGGCAUGGUCAAGUUGCCAUUCCUGCCAGACAACCUGUCAGUUGAUCAAAAGGGCAAGCUAUUAAUCGCAGGCCACCCGUCGCCGCCGGAGCUAAACCAAGUCAGCCGGUCGCGGGCGCUGUGCCAGGACGAACGGGCACGGAGCCCCAAGGCCAAGGAGCCGAAGCAUUGCCGCAAAGCCAUGGCGCCGAGCUGGGCGGCCGAGUGGACAGAGGCUGACGGGUUGAAGGAUCUGUACGUCUCCAGAGGUGGGGAGGCGGGUGGUUACGGAACGACUGCGACGGCCGUCAGGGACUGUACGAGAGGGGUUGGGUUUCUGACUGGCUUGUAUGACGAAGGGAUUUUGGUUUGGAGGGAAUGA